AUGCUUUCCCUUAUUUCUGGUACUCACACUCCCUCUUCGAUCCGCGCCUCACCCGGUGGCAGCCCCCCGGAAGCCGCAAACCUCAUGGAAACCCAACAUACCCAGCAUGCCCAGUCGCGACCACGCAAGCGUAUUGUUGUGGCCAUGACCGGCGCUACCGGUGCAAUCCUUGGUAUUAAGGCCCUUAUUGCUCUCCGUCGCCUAAACAUCGAAACUCAUCUGGUCAUGAGUAAGUGGGCGGAGGCGACAAUCAAAUACGAAACCGAUUACCACCCUUCGAAUGUCAAGGCUCUGGCUGACCAUGUUCACAACAUCAAUGAUAUGGCUGCUCCCAUAUCAAGUGGCUCGUUCAAGGCCGACGGCAUGAUUGUCGUGCCUUGCAGUAUGAAAACCCUGGCUGCUAUCCACAGUGGCUUCUGUGAUGAUUUGAUCUCGCGGACAGCAGAUGUCAUGCUCAAAGAGCGGAGGAAGCUUGUCCUUGUUGCGAGAGAAACCCCGUUGAGUGAUAUACAUUUGAGAAACAUGCUCGAGGUCUCACGGGCUGGCGCUAUCAUCUUCCCGCCUGUUCCCGCGUAUUACAUUCGCGCUGCCUCGGUUGAGGAUUUAGUUGAUCAGAGUGUCGGGCGCAUGUUGGACCUCUUUGAUUUGGACACGGGAGACUUUGCUAGGUGGGAAGGCUGGGACAAAUAG